AUUUACUGUUUGUGAACUUUGAAAUGUGAACUCGUCAACAAAAUUAAAGUAAAAACCUAUGUUAAUUAUUAUAAUGAGUUGACGUGGGUCUAAGUAAACAAUAUAUUAACAUAUAUGCAUUCCAACCUUCACUAUCAUAAGUAAAUUGCCGGCAAUAAUGUCGGGUGCGUCACUGAAGUUCGGUUCUAUUUUAUCUUUUUGCGUCGUCUUAUACGCGAUCUUCUAUCGUAAAGAUGACUUGGGUGACAUGCGAUUAUCGCCGGUGAAAGAACAUCUGCUACAUUUGGAGAGCGAAAACAAAGUGGCAAGUGGAAUUAGGCAGCCGAAGGUGGCUUUAGGUUAUGGCGCCUGCCACGAUCUAUUCGUCAACGCGACCUCUUUGUUAGAUCCAGAGGAUUUAAAAGGCAUUCCAAAGCAUUUUAACGAGCUAACGAACAAAGAAGAGUUUAUUAAGAGUUUCACUUACUUCUUCAAGCAUGGAGCAGCAGCUGAGCGUUUCAUGUCUAACAGCAAAUUGUUUGACCAGCUCGUAGAAGAUGCUCUAAAAUUACCUGACACAAGAUGGGCCAUUGGGGGCAAUGCCCCACUAAUGGCAAAGAGAUUCUUUCUCGAAGGCUGGAGGGUGCUGCUCGGCGCGAAAAUGAGUGAUAAACUAAAAUCUUACAUUCCCAAUGAAAUAAGUAUUGUCGGUGGUGAUGAUGUUGAUAAGGAUGAUGUACACAUGAUACUCGAAUAUAAAACUGAUGAGCAGUUUGGAGCUUACAGGUCUCCUCGAGCAAACAGAUACAUCAUGCACAAUGAUGUUAAUAACCCACUGCUGAGUUCCUUAGAGAAGCUCGGGGAAAGCUUGCCCAAGUUCAGCCCUAACUUACUAGUCAUAAGCGGCUUGCAGAUGAUGGACAACUUCCCAUUCACUAAAGAUGGAAGAGAUCUGAGGGCAGAGAGACUUAAUCUAGUUAGAGAGCAAAUUUUGUCCCAACCGUUGACUACACUAGCCCACUUUGAGAUGGCAAGCUAUGUUGAUAUAGAGCUGCUGCUACAUUUGACAACUAAGGUUUUGCCUUACGUAGAUUCUGUCGGUAUGAACGAACAGGAGUUAUCCAAUCUGAACAGUGUUUUAGAACACGGAGAAGUGAUAUUCGUAGCUGACUCCAACCCCAGAGUUGCAACAGCAUUGGAUCAAAUGCGUAACACUUUUAAUAUGAUAAGAAAAAAGAACAAAGACUUUGGUAGCAAAAGAAAGCUAACCCGUAUUCAUGUUCACACUUUAGCUUACCAAGCUAUAUUGACAGUGAAAGACUCAGCUUGGAGGAGAACUAAAGCUGCAGCAGCGAAGGCAUCAUUGACAGCCCAUAGAUAUGUGUGCGACAGUCAAAAUAUUGCAUUGGGCAAAUCUAAGUUGCUUCUUGAUGACAGUUUUUCAACAACAACGGACAACGAUAAUAAUAGUCGAGUAUUUUUUGAGCCAACAAAACCUGUUUCCUGUUGGGACGAAGUGUUGGAUGGAGACGAGGUGGAGAUAUGCGUGGCACCAGUUUUGAUUUGCACUGAAGCACAGCUGACUGCGGGAGCGGGAGACAAUAUUUCAGCAGCGGGACUAGUCUUACAAGUUGAAAAAUAGAUAGUGUAGCUACAAGACACAAUGUUUAAAUAUGAUUAACUUAUUUAGUAGUGUAAUCUUGUCAUUUUAUGCUUUUACAUUUUAUAAUAAUAAUUAUAAGGUUUAUAAGAACUGUGGAAUUAUAAUUUUUAAAUCUUUAGACCAAGAAUUGAUAGAAUUUAAAUAUUUAUUAAUAUUCAUACAUUCCUGAAACAAUAGUUAUUUUUGAAUAAACUAUUUAUCAAAA